GUGCCUAUAUAUAGUGGGAAUUCUACUUAUAUACUCUCAAGCUUUAAUAUCAAAGCAUGGUUUCAUUGCCAACAGAUGAAAUAGCCCAUGAUUUUCCCCCUUUCUUUCGUGUCUACAAAGAUGGCAGAGUCGAAAGAUUUCAUAACUAUGUCUAUGUUCAUCCAUCAGAUAAUUUCAAUACUGGAGUUCGAUCUAAAGAUGUCAAUAACAAUUCAGCUCGCCUUUAUCUUCCCAAAAUAACCGAAAAAGAACAAAAGUUUCCUCUCCUUAUAUACAUCCAUGGUGGAGGUUUUUCAAUAGAAUCAGCUUUUUCAUCAGGGCAUGAUAAGUACCUACACUCUAUAGUUACUAAGGCCAAUGUGGUUGCGAUAUCCAUUGAUUAUAGACUAGCUCCAGAGCACCUUUUACCUACGUGUUAUGAUGAUUCUUGGUCCGUCAUUAGAUGGACUUCUUUACAUGUUGAAAUGUGUGAUCAUCUUAUAUUAACAGAAGAAACAGUUAUGGAGCCAUGGCUCAAGGAUCACGUAGAUUUCUCACGUGUUUUCUUGGCUGGUGAGAGUGCGGGUGCAAAUAUUGUACAUGACAUGGUUGUUAGAGCAAGUGCUAGUGAAAAGCCACUAGGGGAUGGUUUUAAGAUUGCUGGAAUAGCACUAAUCCAUCCAUUUUUCGGUAACGAUGAAGUUGAUGAGUAUUGUUCGUUUAUUUUUCCAGAGUGUGAAGGACUUGAUGAUCCUAGGUUGAAUCCAGCAGCUCAUCUUAGGUUACUAUCAAGUCUUAUUUGUCGAAAGGUUAUGGUUUUUACCGCGGAGAAAGAUUUUCUAAGAGAGAGGAGUUUGACUUAUUAUGAUGCAUUGAAGAAGAGUGGAUGGAAUGGUGAGGUUGAGAUUAUGGAGACACAAGGGGAGGAUCAUGUUUUUCAUUUGCUUGAACCAAAUUGUGAGAAGGCUGCUCUAUUGAUGAAAAGGCUAGUUGAGUUUUUUAAUGAGAAGAUUUGAUAAACAAUGUUUGGCUGAUCUUCAUAUUUGCAAGCUAGUACCAUGGUUUAAAUUUAUCGCCCGCGUCUUGAUCAUAAUACUCGAUGAAAGAACACUUAAGUCGUUCUUUUCAAGGCUUAGGCUAUUUUUUUGUUGAGUAGGGUCGUCUUAAUACGAUUGGUCAAACUUCAAUAGAAUGUCUUAAUGUUGUUAUGGUAUUCUGUUAUUUUAUAGAGAAAAACGAAUAUUAAAUGUUAAUUUGAGGCAUUAAGAGAUAAAUGACAGAUUUAAAAGUGAAAGUUAGAGAUAACACAUCUUUUGUACGAUUUAUGUGAACAAAAUUAUAGUGGGCAUUUUUUAAGUUUAUUCCCGA